AUGUCAGUUUCAUUUGCCCCAGAGUGUACCGAUGCCAAAACUAAAUACGAUGAUUGUUUUAAUAAAUGGUAUACUGAAAAGUUCUUAAAGGGGAAGUCACUUGAGAAUGAAUGUACUGAGUUUUGGGAUAGUUAUAUUACUUGUGUUAAUUCAGCUUUAGCUAAACAAAGUGUUAAUCCAAUGUUGGAAAAGGCAAGAGAAGAUCAACCUUUUACCAGUGAAGAAAUUAGAGCCAGUGCUGGAACUCUGAAAAAGUAA